ACAUGGCCAAAUCUCUGCCAUUCACCUGAGGCUACAAUCCCAUCAACUGGCCUUAGGGAGAAAAGAGGUCCACAUUAGAAAACCUUAACUGGGGAAUAAGUGACCAUUUAAGGUCUGCAUCUGCAGAAUGGUUGUGGUGGUCCAUGAUGAUGCCAUGAUGCCCUCUCCUAUGCUUACCUAGCGAUCAUGGUUUUCGAAGAGCUUGUUACCUCUGCUGCAGGAAUGCAAACACAAGUGAUGUCUUCUUCUGGUGAUUACAGGUUUGAUGAAGUAACCCAGGAAUGAGAGAACUACUCUGGUGCAUUGGCAGCCAGCCAGCGUGGGGCUGUGCAUACCUGUCACCAUUUGCACAUAGAUCUCAAGUUGAAAAAUUGAAAGAAUAUGUUGUACUUAGAAGCAGUGAGGGUCUGAUGUACUCACUGCAUUAUCCCCAAAAGUAAAGGAGAAAUCACACUUGAAAUGAAAGAGACUACUGCAGAAGAAACUCACAAGCAAAGAUUCAUGAGUGCUGGUCUCUGUGACGUCAUUUGUAAAUUCUGUACUACACAUCAGAGAAUCUAUUCUGGAAAGAAGCCUUAUGAAUGUAAUCAAUGUGGAAAGGCUUUUACAUGGAUGGAGCAUCUUAUUUUACAUGACAAAAUCCAUACUGGAAAGAAACCUUACAAAUAUAAUCAAUGCGGAAAGGCUUUCAAAUACAGAAUCAGCUUUGCUGAACAUCAGAGAAUCUACAGUAGGAAGAAACUACUUGAAUGUAUUCAGUGGGGGAAAAUUUUUACAUGGAGUGGCAGUCUUAUUGUAUACCAGCGAAUGCGCACUGGAGAGAAACUUUAUGAAUGUCAUCAAUGUGGAAAGGCUUUCAGAGAGAGCUCCACUCUUGCUAAGCAUCAGAGAAUCCACAAUGGAGGGAAAUCUCAUGAAUGUAUGCAGUGUGGAAAGGUUUUCACAUGGAGUGGCAAUCUUAUUGUACAUCAGAGAAUCCACACUGGAGAAAAAACUCAUGAAUGUAAUCAGUGUGGAAAGGCUUUUAGAAACAGUUCCCAUCUUAUUAAACAUCUGAGAAUCCAUACUAGUGAGAAAACUUAUGAAUGUAAUUAAUGUAGUAAAGCCUUCAGCAAAAGUCCUUAUUUCCCAUCAGAGAAUUCAAAGGAGAUAGAAUUCUUACCACUGACAUGAAUGCAGAAAAGCAUUAAAAUGGAGUACAGAGUUUCUGAGAUAGUAGGAAAUUCACUCUGGGUAUAAGCCAUUUAUGGCCUCAAUGUGAGAAGGCCUUCAGCCAGAGAUCAGCUCUGACUUUACAUCAGAGGAUUCGUCUUGGAAAAAAGACUUAUGAAUGUGCUCCAAGGGGACAUGCUUCUCUCCAGAAGAUGGAGGUCACUGGUGAAAGGUUAAAUUUUGUGUCUUACAGAAUGGUGAAUUAAGGGAAAAUAAUUCAUACUGACUCACCAAGUGGCAAAGCUGAAGGAGGCAAUAGAAUUACUCAUGAUCUGCAGGAUUAUGUGAAAGAAGCCACCAGGAUGUUCUCACAAACAGAAUGUCUUCAGAAUAAUGAAAAGGACUUUUGUCAACAUUAUGUCAACUGGGGAAAAAUGAAACCUAUACAAUAGGAUUUCAAUAUUAGGAAUAAUAAUAGGAAUUCAAUACAAUUAUUGUUUGACUUUUAAGUCUUUGUUGAAGUCGGGCUCUGCUUCCAGAACGGAAGGCACACUGUCCCAAGUUUCA